CAUAUUAUAAAAGUUGAAGAGAUGAAAUGGGACUACCACCAAAUCUAACGAGGGACAUGCAGAAUAUUACCAACCAUUAGACAUGCGAAUUGAAAACACUUUAAAACUUCGGGUAAAUAUUUCUUCAGUGAUAUGGCAAAUGACAAUUCAGCAAAUGAUCCCAGCUCAACAACGACAGACACCCCUACAACUACCCUCAGUUCAAACGGGGGAUACCCCCACCCUAAGGGUGACGAGGAGCGUUCCCCCACAAACACAGUGGCGGCAGUGACCGUGGCCAUUCUUGCCGUGAUUAUAGUGAUAACAUUUGUAAUGGUUGCUCGUGCAAUUCGUAAAAGACGACUUGCAAGACGAGGAACGAGAAUGGAUCAGCCGAUUCCCGCCAUCUCUACAGGAGUGAUGGGAACACCUGCUGCAGCAUACAGCAAUAUACACAUCAGUCAGCCAACCAUUUCCUCUUCCUCCUUCGUGAGCUGGGAACCAAUAGAAACUCAUCAGCAUCAGGAACAUACGUCACGUGAUUCAUUUCCCGCGGAAAAUAACGAAACUCAAAAUCCCUCCAGCAACGUCUCAUCUACUCCAUCACAAACAUGAACCAGUGCACAUUGUUACUGUGAUACAAUGUAUUUUACAGUGUGAAAUCUACAAAUGUCAACCAUAUUGUACUUACCAUACAAUUUUUAUUCAAUAAGGGUAUUGGAAUAAUGUGGUUCAGUCUGAAUCUCUUUUGUCAUUCAAGUUUUGUUUGCUUUUUUGUUUUAUUUUGAUGUGUAAAAAGAAUAUGUUAGUGUCCUUGAAGUGUUAUUGAUGUGUUGUGAGUCUCAGUAUACAUCUCCUGUAUGAGGGGAUUAUAAAUGCAUGUUUCAACUGUGAUAUAUACAUAUAUGUACAAGAAGCUAAACUAACAACUUUAACAAAUAUUUGAGUUUCAACAGUGCACCAUUUGAAACAUCUAGCCAUUUAUUCAUUAAUAAUUCUACCAUUCAAACUUACAAAUUUUAUUAUACUAUUGUUAAAUGCAAGUUACCAAUGUUAUCAAUAAAAGAUACGUUAAAAACAA